UCUGGCUCUGGCUGACCUUGGGCGCGGCUCGGUGCUGCUUUGCACUGCAACCUUUGCUUCAAUUGUCGCGCAGUAGUACUCCGGAGAAGACCAUGGCGAGCUCAUCGCGCGUACAGUCGCCAACCAAGCGCCUGCUCACGGAGCUGCAGAGCUACCAGUCGGACCCCAACGACGCGCUGCUGGAGCUGGGUCCCAUAGACGACGAUGAAUUGAUGCACUGGAGGGCCGUCAUGAAGGGCGUGCCCGGCACUGCAUACGAAGGCGGCCGCUGGGCCCUCGAUAUCCAUAUCCCGAACACAUACCCCCUCGCGCCUCCCACCAUCCGCUUUAUCACACCCAUCUGCCACCCGAACGUCGACUUCAAGACCGGCGAGAUCUGUCUCGAUCUGCUCAAGACAUCCUGGACGCCCGCGUACACCAUCACCACUACCAUGACGAGCAUACAUCAGUUGCUCACGAGCGCUGAGCCGGAUAGCCCGCUGAAUGUCGAUAUUGCGCAGUUGUUUAGGCAGGAGGAUUAUGUGGGUGCCGAGGCGCUGAUUAGGUUUUACACCGAGACGGAGAGGUGGGAAGGCGGACGGAGGAGGCAGUAGUUGCUAUAGGAUGGGAGGACGAUUAACGAUGGACGAGGAGUGUAUGGUAUGGUGGAUCUGGGAGGAUGUUGAUAUGGGAACUUGUGAAUUAAGCGUGUGUGGUGGUAGCAUCGUUGCAUGCCCUUUAGCGAUCGGGAGGAUGAGGUACACAUGGCCGAUAUGAUAUCCAGAGUUCAAACGUAUACUUUCGGGCUCCGCAACCAGAUUGAAUUGAGGGUCGCGUGGAGAAACCGCAUUUGAGAAGCAUUCCCACUGGGAUAUCUUAGCUGACACGCAUGCAGAACAAGCAUAUCAUUGCUUAUGAUGCUGAAGCACGACCGUAACGCAUAAUCGCUAGGUCGGAGAAUCAAUGUGCGUG